AUGGGAUCUCGUGGAGGUGGCUUCUCUGUCUACGUUGGAAAUCUCCCUUACCAGGCUACCGAGCAAGAGAUCGGGGAUUUCUUCAGCCAAGCUGGCCAAGUAACUAAUGUCCGAAUGGUCUUCGAUCGUGAAACUGGUCGUGCCAAGGGCUUCGGUUUCUGCGAGUUUUCCGAUGAGGCAUCAGCCCACAACGCCAUGAACAGAUUCAACGGAGCCGAUUUCAAAGGACGACAAAUCCGUGUGAAUCUUGCUAAUAACAACUGA